UGAGCUGUAGUGCCCAACCAUAAAAAAGACAUUUUGGGAACAAAACAAUUAAGGUAAGGAUCCUGUCAUUUGACUCACAGCUCAGGCUUAUGCUGACUGACGCUCCCCCACAAAGUCACCUGCUCUCUCAUUGUGUCUUCUUGUACCCAGAUGUGUUUAUGUAGAGCCUUCCAGAAAGAUCACAGGGGUGCAUUCCCGCCACUCACCUAAGUACACUGCCUGCCUGCCUUUCUUUCUUUCUUCUUUUCUCUCUCUCUCUCUCACUCUCUCUCACUCACACACACACACACACACACCAGUUGGAAUGCAAUGGCACAAUCUCAGCUCUCUGCAACCUCCACCUUCCAGGUUCAAUCCAUUCUCCUUCCUCAGAUUCCAGAGUAGCUGGGACUACAGGCACCCACCACCACACCCACCUAAUUUUUGUAUUUUUAGUAGAGACAGAGUUUCACCAUGUUGGCCAAGCUGGUCUUGACCACCUGCCUCAGCUUCCCAAAGUGCUGGGAUUACAGACCUGAGCCAUGUUGCCCGGCCCUUACACUAUCUUUCAGAUAGAAAAAGCAUUGGGGAAACUGAGGCACACAGUUGCAGGACGUGGAGCCCUCAGCAGCCUGGAACACUGGACGUCUGCUGUCUGUCUGGCCCUGGGUGUCACAUCUGCCUCUGCAGCCGGAGGCGGAGAUUGUGGCAGGAAGUCUGUGAACUGGGAGGGGGAGACGGGGCCUGAUGGGCCAGGAAUGGGGUCCCCGGGCAUGAUGCUUGUCCUCCUGGUGCAGCUCUGGGCCCUGCAAGGAGCCUCAAGCCUGAGCGUGCAGCAGGGGCCCCAGCGGCUGCGGGUGAGGCAGGGCAGUCAGGCGACCCUGGACUGCCACGUGGACCAGGCACCGGCCUGGGAACGACUCCGUGUUGUGUGGACCAAGGAUGGGAAUGUCACGUGCCAGCCGUACAUCACCAAUGGCCGCCUCAGCCAGGGGCUCUGUGGGCCCCAGGGACGCCUCUCCUGGCAGGCGCCCAGCCACGUCACCCUGCGGCUGGACCCUGUGAGCCUCAGCCACAGCGGAACCUACGUGUGCAAGGUGAUCAUAGAGAUUCCUGACUUGGAGAAGGCUGAAGGCAAUGGAACAUGGCUCUCGGUGGACCCAGAUGACCCUCCACAGAACAGAAAUCUGACCCCAAGCUUCCGAGGACUCCUCUUCGUGCUGCUGGGGGUGGGGAGUAUGGGUGUGGCCGCAAUGGUGCUAGGUGCCUGGUUCUGGGGCCGCCGCCGCUGCCAGCAAAGGGACUCAGGUAACAGCCCAGGAAAUGCAUUCUACAGCAACGUCCUAUACCGGCCCCGGGGGACCCCAAAGAAGAGUGAGGACUCAUCUGGAGACAGGAAGGACAGAGGCCAGAGCAUUUAUUCAACCUCAUUCCUGGAGCAGGUCACCUGCCAGCGCCCCCUGGCGCCCAGACCUUGCCCCGGCCCCAGGCCCGGCCACCCCAUCUCUAAGGUCAGAGUCUCUCUUAGCCCAGGCCCCACCCAUAGGUACACACAGAAAAGACGGCAUUGAGGCUGGGCAUGGUGGCUCACACCUGUAAUCUCAACACUUUGGGAAGCCGAGGCUGGUGGAUCACUUGAGGUCAGGGGUUCAAGACUAGCCUGGCUUGAACCUGGAGGUCAUAGUGAGCUGAGAUUGCACCACUGCACUGGGCUACCGAGUGAGACUUCAUCUCAAAAAAAAAUUUUUUUUAAUAAAAAGUGGCCGGGCACAGUGGCUCAAGCCUGUAAUCUCAGCACUUUGGGAGGCCGAGGCCGGUGGAUCACGAGGUCAAGAGAUCGAGACCAUCCUGGUCAACAUGGUGAAACCCCGUCUCUACUAAAAAUACAAAAAAUUAGCUGGGCACCGGUGGCGCGUGCCUGUAAUCCCAGCUACUCAGGAGGCUGAGGCAGGAGAAUUGCCUGAACCCAGGAGGCGGAGGUUGCAGUGAGCCGAGAUGGCGCCAUUGCACUCCAGCCUGGGUAACAAGAGCGAAACUCCGUCUCAAAAAAAUAAAAUAAAAUAAAAUAAAAAGAAGACAGGGAAGGAUUGGGAGUCUGGCAGCCCCAUCCUGAGACCCUGUUCUCAUUUCUGUGACGAUGGAUCUCCCCCACGUUUCCCCCAAGACAACUUGAUAAAGGCUUAUGAAGAAAAAGCAAAGCUGGCGUUUGUGGCGAUUUGGGAGUGCUAAAGAGAUCUGAGGGAAUUAGGUGAGGUGGCUCAUGCCUAUAAUCCCAUCACUUUGGGAGGCUGAGGUGGGAGGAUCACUUGAGGCCAGGAGUUCGAGACCAGCCUGGGCAAUAGAUCAAGAAGACUCCAUCUUUACAGAAAAUGUAAAAAUAAGGCCAGGCGCAGUGGCUCACGUCUGUAAUCCCAGCACUUUGGGAGGCCAAGGGGGGCAGAUUACCUGAGGUCAAGAGUUCAAGGCCAGCCUGGGCAACACGGUGAAACCCUGUCUCUACUAAAAAUACAAAAUUUAGCUGGGCAUGAUGGUGCCGCUGAUGCAUGUUGUCUCAGCUAUUUGGGAGGCUCAGGCGGGAGGAGAGUUUGAGCCCGGGAGUUUGAGGCUGUAGUGAGAUAUAAUUACGUCACUACGCUCCAGCCUGGGUGAUAGAGUGAGACCCUGUCACACAAAUACAUGUCAAAAAGAUUUAAGAGUUCCGGGCGCGGUGGCUCACGCCAGUAAUCCCAGCACUUCGGGAGGCCGAGGAGGGUGGGUCACAAGGUCAGGAGAUC